CCAUGAGGGCUGUGCCGCUGAGCAGUCCCCAAGCUCUUCUCGGAAUCCUGGCCUUGCUCCUGUGCCCACUCGGGCCGCACGGUUGCAGUUUGCCCCCCAGAAUUAAACACGGACAUCAUAAAGACGUUAGCCAACUACUGUCCUUCACUACUGAAGUGCAAUAUGAAUGUGAGGAAGGGUACAUCCUGGUUGGAGAAGCUAAAAUCUCCUGUCUAUUUUCAGGAUGGUCCUCUCCAGCUCCCCAGUGUAAAGCUCUGUGCCCAAAGCCAGAAAUACCCAAUGGAAAGCUGUUUGUGGAGAAGGCUCAGUAUGUCAGCCCCGAGACAGCCAUCAUCCAGUGUGAUCCUGGCUACAGGGUGGUCGGCUCCCCAACUAUCUCUUGCUCAGACAACAAAUCUUGGAGCCCAAAGGUGCCCAAGUGUGAGAAGGACCCCUCUUCUGGAGUCCAGAGCCCCAAAGAGCCCGAGCCGCUCGAGACCACGCCCUCGUCUCACCCAGCACCCGGCUGCCUGUUGCGCAAACCCGCUCUCCACCCGUCUGCCCGGCCCCACCCUUCGGGCGACCGGAGCCCCGCCCGCCCGCCCGCGGCGCUCAUUCAGCCGGAGAGCAACCUUUCGGGCCGCUGCUCGCGCGGACAGCUCCUCUUGCCCACCGACUCGCUUAUCGCCGCGGAGGCGCGGAGUCCGGGGCAGAGUCCCCGUCCCCGCGCGCCAUGA